CUUCAUUUGUUGGAAAUAUUCUAUAAUAGAAUCAUCACUAAUAGUUUUGGUCUAUUUAAUUAAAAUAGGCCAAAACGACGUAGUUUUGGUCUAUUUAAUUAAAAUAGUUUUGGAAAACAAAAAAGUAGCCUGGGGAUUCGAACAUGGUACCUCCAGCAACAUAGAAACCAAAUUCCCGCAUGUGCUCCCGUUCCCCUGCUACAUUCUUCUGGUUCUUACGUCAUUUUGUAUGUAAAUAUACACUCACUAAUUAAUUUUAUAUAAUAUAUAUAUAAUAUAUAUAGGUAUUUUUUUCGAGGUGGACGGGGUCCCGGGACCCCAUGGGACCCUUACCGGGUCCGCCUCUGUUACCAAAUAUGAUAUAGAACAAAUUUAGAGGGACGAGUGGAAAAGAAAAAAUUACAGAAAAGUGUCAAAUUGGCCCUCGUACUUUGUACGGAUAGUCAAUUAUACCCAUGUACUUUAAGUUUCAUCAAUUAAGUCCUCCUACUUUGAAUUUUCAUCAAAACCGACUUUUAGCAGGUAACCCACCAGUCAGCAGGUUACCUCCUAGUGUGGCGCACACAUGGCCUGACACGGCGCACACGUGGCGAGCCCCAUCAGUUUUUUCUUUUCUUUUCCCAUUUCCCUUUUCCUUUUUCAUUUUCCGUUUCUUUUUUUUUUCUUUUUCCCCUUUAUUUCUUUGUCUUCACCCGCCAACCCUUCAACCCUUCUUCUUGGAGAGACUCGUCAGCAUGAACAGUAGUCUUCAAAAAUGGAGAGUGCUCGGAAAAUUAAACUAAAAAUAUGAGGAGGUGUGCCUAUUCACGGAGACCUCCUUUACAUAUUUUAAUUUUUGUGCCAAGCCCCCGGAGUCGCCGAAAAAAAUGCCGGAGAUGUCCAAAAAUGAGAAAUUUCGACAAACUGUAAAAUGGCCCCCAAAUCUCGUCCCCAGCUUCUCAAAAUCGAUAUGGAGCGUUGUUCCUAGCCAACAAACUCCAAUCUAGUCUCAUAAAUGAAUAAAAAUUGCCCACAUUUGAGUCAUGAGCAAUAAUCGAUUUCGCAUAAAUAGUGUUUCUUGCUCUGGCCGUUAAAGGUGAAAGAAAGGGAAAUGAGAGAAAGAAAUAAAGAAAGUAAGAUGAUUGAGGUAUUUUUUGCAGGGGAGAUGAGGGGGUUGGAGGUUUAAUUUUUUUGCAAGGCUUGGAGGAAGAAGACGGGGUUGGGUCUUGCAGAAGGGGAAAUGCAGGGCCG